ACCGGUGAAGACACACGCGCGACCCGGAAGGCCUUGCCGCAACACUCCAAAGCGGGUGUGAGGGGGGCCGAUGGCGGAGGGAGCGGUGGAAGCCCCAGCAGAGAGUGGUGGUGGUGGCGACCCAGGAGCCAUCGAGCCGGAACGGGGAGUAGCGUCCAUUAAACUUCAAUACCUAACCACCAAGGAGCACUUCCACGAAUUCCUGGAAGCCAAAGGGCAGGAGAAGCCCAGCCAGGAAACCGAGGCUGGAGACCCUGCUGGCAAUGACCUGGCUGAACCUGAGGCCAAGCGGAUCCGGCUGGAGGAUGGGCAGACAGAGGACAGGCAGACAGAGGAGGCUGUUGAGCCUCGGGAGCAGCCACAGGGUCAGAAGAGGGUCCGGGGUCAGAACAAGUGCCGGCCCCAUGUGAAGCCCACCCACUAUGACAAGAACAGGCUCUGCCCCUCCCUGGUCCAGGAAUCUGCCGCUAAGUGUUUCUAUGGCGACCGCUGCCGCUUCCUGCACGAUGUGGGCCGCUACCUGGAGACCAAGCCAGCUGACCUGGGCCCCCACUGUGUGCUCUUUGAGACCUUCGGCAGGUGCCCCUAUGGUGUGACUUGCCGCUUUGCCGGGGCCCAUCUGGGACCCGAGGGCCAGAAUCUGGUGAAGGAGGGGUUGGUCCAGGCCCCGCCCGUCCGCAAUGGCCUGGACAAGGUCCUGCAGCAGCAACUGCGAAAGCGCAAGAUCCACUUCAAGCAUGCAGAGCAGGCCCUGCGCCAGCUGAGCAAGAGCCAGCUGCCAGGCCCCACUCCCGAAGCCACUGUCCCCGAGGUCAUGGAGGCUGAGGGUGCCCCAGGGCAGGACAACUGUGACGCCCAGCAGGCCCCCCAGGGGCCGGGCACCGUUGCCCCUCCCAGUGGCCCUUUAAGGACCUGCGGGCCCCUGACAGAUGAGGAUGUAGUCAGGUUGCAGCCUUGUGAGAAGAAGCGGCUGGACAUCAGUGGCAAACUGUACCUUGCCCCCCUCACCACGUGCGGGAACCUGCCCUUCCGGCGGGUCUGUAAGCGCUUUGGGGCGGAUGUGACGUGCGGGGAGAUGGCUGUGUGCAUCAACCUGCUGCAGGGCCAGACGUCUGAAUGGGCCCUGCUCAAACGCCACCCCUGCGAGGAUGUCUUCGGUGUCCAGCUUGAGGGCGCCUUCCCCGACACCAUGACCAAGUGUGCCGAGCUGCUGAACCGCACCAUCGAGGUGGAUUUCGUGGACAUCAACGUCGGCUGCCCCAUCGACCUCGUGUACAAGAAGGGCGGGGGCUGCGCCCUCAUGAACCGCUCAGCCAAGUUCCAGCAGAUCGUCCGCGGCAUGAACCAGGUGCUGGACGUGCCGCUGACCGUGAAGCUCCGCACGGGUGUCCACGAGCGCGUGAAUCUGGCCCACCGGCUGCUGCCCGAGCUGCGAGACUGGGGGGCCGCGCUGGUCACGCUCCAUGGCCGCUCGCGGGAGCAGCGCUACACCAAGCUGGCCGACUGGCGGUACAUCGAGCAGUGCGCGACAGCAGCCAGCCCCAUGCCCCUUUUCGGAAACGGGGAUAUCUUGUCGUACGAGGACGCCAACCGUGCCAUGCAGACUGGUGUCGCUGGGAUCAUGAUCGCCCGCGGCGCCCUGCUCAAGCCGUGGCUGUUCACGGAGAUCAAGGAGCAACGGCAUUGGGACAUCUCGUCGUCUGAGCGCCUGGACAUCCUGCGGGACUUCGCGCACUACGGCCUGGAGCACUGGGGCUCGGACACGCAGGGCGUGGAGAAGACGCGCCGCUUCCUCCUCGAGUGGCUCUCCUUCCUGUGCAGGUACGUGCCCGUGGGCCUGCUGGAGCGGCUCCCGCAGAGGAUCAACGAGCGGCCGCCCUACUACCUGGGCCGCGACUACCUGGAGACGCUCAUGGCCAGCCAGAAGGCGGCCGACUGGAUCCGCAUCAGUGAGAUGCUGCUGGGACCCGUGCCGCCCAAUUUCGUCUUCCUGCCCAAGCACAAGGCCAACGCCUACAAGUAGCCACAGGGGCGGGCGGGGGUGUCUGAGUGCCCAGCGGGCUCCCCAGGGAAUGAGAAGGCAAUAAAUUUUAUUCUUUUAAAA